AAACCACCUGCUUCGGUCUGGGCACCCGGGCAGUAUCUCAGCCCACACACUAAAACUAUGAUGAGUGUGGCGCAUAUAUAUUUGGUGCCCCCCUGUACCAAUAUUCAUGUGUUCAAAUAAAUAAAAAUAAAAUAAUGGGAAAGAACCGCAUCCCAGACAUGCUAGGAGUUUUGCUUAAGGUGGUCAGAAAGCUGCAUUUUGUCAGCGUUUUCACUAAACAACACUAUAUCAUCUGCGUAUUCUAAUUCAACAAGUGAAUUUCCUGGUAGUAGACGAACUCCUGAAUAGUCAUAACGAAAGUGUUAUCUUCAAGAGCAUGUUCAUGACAAAGUCAAACAAAAAUAGAGAAAGCGGAACAACCCUGACGACCACCACUUGAAGUAACUUGCCUCUGUGACAGUUUGCCAAAAUCACUUAUACUCACCAUAAAUAUUUCACAGUUAAAUUCAUUCGACCGCAUAAAUGUGUGCUUAAUACUGUCGCCAAUACUGUCACUACUGCUGUCGAAACUAAAACUAUCACUACUACGAAGGUUAACAUCAAUCAUGGUACCACCAAUGAUGUAUUAAUUAAAAAUUUUAAUUUAUUCGUCAAUGAAGAUGAUUUGGCUUAUGCUACCACAAUUGGACUAAAUACAAAUAUGAAUAGUACGGAUAUUAUAUCUCCUAGUAGUUAUCCAUUACUACAUCAAGACAGUAAUACACAUAGGAAUUGUGAACUCCCACCAGUACCGACAUAUUUCGAUGCUGCAUUUACUGAGAAUAAACAAAUUAAAGUUGAUCAUCAUCAAACUCAUGUUGAUCAUGCACCGUUACCAGAAGAUAACAUUGAUCAGUUAACAUGUUAUUAUUAUUCAAUCCCAACAGUAAAACAACUAAUUAGUAAUAAACAUCAUUUAUAUGAUGCCACCAUUCCUAAAUUAUUACAAUCAAUUAAAAAGAAUUCAUUAACAGGCGUUUCUGAUACAAACAAUCGAUGUUAUUCACUAUGUGAUGAUGAUGUUGAUGAUCCAACAUCGGAUUCUGAUGGGUUGUAUGCGAGUGUAAGUCAUCCUCCGCCUCCGCUUCCCUCUUCUACGAUUGGUAACAAUUUUGUUACACAAGAAACACUCCAAGACACGGAAACAAUAGUUAACGUAAAUAUUACUCCGACUACUACUACUACUACUACUACCACUACUACUACUACUACUACUAAUAGUAAUUCAAUGCAUACUAAUGAAAACAUGACUGGAAAUAGACGUGAUCCCUGUCAAUCACAUUAUUCUCAAUUAAAAGACGAAUGUAACAUGAGUAAUAAUAAUAAUAAAAAGAAGCGGGACGGUAAUACAAAAAAUCAGUACCAUGGUGUUACUUUAGUCACCACGACUGCUACUACUCCUGGUAUUACACUUCAAUUUCCGAAAUUCUCUUCAAAGAUUUCAAAUAAUAAUAAUAAUGAUAAUUAUAACAGUAAUAAAAUUAUUGAUAACUGUCAACUAUCUAAUCAACCGACUUGUCAUAAUCAUACGAAGAUUGGAAAUUGUUACCAAUGUUCUACAACACCUUGUGUUCAUCUGUAUGCUCAAGUUACACCGUGUACAAGAACACAACAGUCUACUCUCGCCGACUCAGAAAUGAAAUUUAAUAAUAAUAAUAGUGUCUAUAGUUCAAAUUAUAUACGACCACCAAUCCCAGUCAGAGGUUAUGAUCAAACAGAUAUUGAUUUGGUGAAUCAAAUAAGAAUCUCAUCUCGUCAAUUGGAUGUUACAACACCAGAUCAAUCGAUUGACCAUCAUGAUGUUGGAUCACGUAGAGUUCUUAGAGAAACAAAUUAUUGUCGUAUAAAUGUCUGUGAAUCGUUGGCUAAUCUACGUUCACCAGUAUUAUGCAAUAGUACAAAACAUAAUUAUCAUCAAUGUUUUGAUGAUUCUGAUACUAAUCAAGAAUCUUCCGAAUAUGAACGUAUUUAUUCGAUUACUUCCACGGAAUCGACGGAUAGAAAUAUUGCUCAAUUAGUUUCAACUGAAAAACAAAAUAAUGAAACAACCAUCUCACAUGAUAACAAUAAGCUAGAACAUUCUUAUACAGAAAUAUCAAGUUCCAUUGAUGAUUUAGCUGCUUAUUCUCAAGUGUAUUAUUCCACAGCGUGUGGAUCAAUUGAUUAUCCUGUUGUAAAAACAACUGAAUCAUUCAAUAUGCACAAUUCUUCAUGUUCUCCAACAGUCUUCCAUACAAAUUCACGUCACCAAAAUACUGAUAAUAAACCUUAUCCUCAUGAUGAUGAUGUAAUCAUGAAAGAGUCUUGUCAGCAUAAUGAUUACAAUACAAGUAAUCAUGCUAGUUUAAAUGAUAAAAAUCAGCCUAUUUUAAUUAGUAAUCAGUCAUUAACUCCAUUGCUAUUAUCGGAAACAGUAGUUUAUAGUGUAACGGAAUUGCGUCCAUCUAUAUCAUCCAAUCUAAAUGAUAAAAUGUUAGCUGAAAUUCAAGCUUUUCGUCAUAUGGAUAGUGAAUUGGAUCUUACUCAAUCUACCAAAUAUUUUAUGGCGAAUAAUUCUCAAACUGAAACACGUCGUUUACCAGAUUCAUUCAUGAAUGAAAGUGAAGAGGAACAGAAGACUAUGGGUGGCACCUUACAAGUUGUAACACAGUCAUUAUAUAAUAAAAAUCAACAUGAAGACACUGGAUUAAUGACUCCAUUAAUGGAACGUUCAACAGAAGAUUGUUCACGACUGUCAACAGUUCAUCGAACUUAUUCAAAAGCGAUUAAAUGUGAUGGUCAAUCGUCUUUAUCGUUAUCACACUCAACAAUUUUAUCACCAUCUUCCUUAUCAUUAUGUAGUAAAUCAAUUAAAUCACCGGCAAAUUAUUCAAUAUCUGAUUUCCCUUCUCCUGCCCCUCCAGUUGUUGUGACAGUCAGUAGUAAUUGUAUUGUUGCUCCAUUUGCACGUGCUGAAUUAUCCUUCAUCUCUGAUCCUUCAGCCUAUGAUGAUAUUGACAAUCUUUAA